GUCAGUGUGCUGCCUGCCACGGGACCCAUCAUCCGGGCUGAACAUGAAGCACUUGUGGCAGAUUUUUGUCCUGUGGGUCUUCUGGGUGCUCCUCUUGUGGCUGAUGGCCCCCUGCCUGGAAACCAGACCUGAAUCGGCCCCCCAGGAGAAAAUGAUGGUCUUGGUACCACGGCAUGGCAGUCGCCCUUGGCUCAAAUUCAGGAAAAGUGGCUGCCCAUCUGAGACGCUAAACUCCUCCCUCUGGCACCACAGGGUUGGGGACUGGAACGGGUUUGCUGCACGCUACGGGAAGACCAUGGAGUACCUGAAGGGGGCGACAGAGUCCAUGACCCCUGAUACUGUGCCCUGGUGGUUGGGCAUGAACUCAACAAGUGGGCUUGGCAAAAUGUGGGAAAAUCUGUUCAAGGUGAUUCCCAGGCCCUCAGUGAGCCAUUUCCAUCUCUACUGUGGGACUUGUGCUUUGGUGGGGAACUCCAAGACCCUGUGGGGGUCUGGCCUCAGCCACAACAUCAACCAGUGCACCGCAGCCUUUGGAAUGAACCAGGGCCAUGCCCAAGGCUUUGAGACAGCGGCCAACCAAACCACAGGACACUUUGUCUAUCCCGGGAAUGCCAGCAACUGGGGCUCCUGGAGACAGCUGGUGCUGCUGGUGCUGAAGCUUUCUGGUCUGGUGUGGACUUCAGAUGCUCUGAGUGAGGAGAUUCUGGAAGGUGGUCCAGUUCCCUAGUGGAAGGGAAGGCAGCAAAGACCAGGUGUCCUUAUUUGGUUUUGGGACAGACCAGCUCAUGAGGUGGUCCCAUUACUGGGAUGAUGACUACUGGUUCGAGAGUAACAUGCACAGUUUUACAGAAGAGCAGAAGGCCGUCCUCAACCUGCAGCGUGAGGGGAAGGUUGUUACCCACAGCUGACAUCUUUUCCAUCCUGCUCAGCCCCCUGGGGGCUCCAGGAGGCUGACAGGUAGU